GUUGACCGAUACUCCUCGAAUAGCGCUGUCAUCGGUUUUUCAUGAAAUUUUUAUUUCCUAGAAUAUUAAUGUUAUAAUACGUUACAAAAAAUAAAAAUAUAUUUACCUAAAAUCAUGGGAGUUCAAAAUCAGUAGCUUUUUAUAAUUUAAAAUGCAAUUUUUUAAAUUAACGAUUGAGUCAUAAAAGUUACUUUUAUUUGUAACUUUGAAAACGUUGCUCCACAUGUGUUUGUUUGUCAACAAAUGAUUAUUUGAAAGAGAAAGUUUAUUUCUGUAGUUUCGUCGCAAAAAUUAGUUCGUUAUAACUAAUUAUUAUUUUAUUAAUAAAUAAAUUGAAUCAUGGAAGUUAAUGUGCAUUUUAGUGGUGGUCUAGAAAUUUUAUUCAGCAAUCAAAAGAAACAUAAAGUUGUUCUUCCUAGUAUCAGCGAAAAGUGGAAUAUAAAAUCUCUUAUAGAAUGGCUAAAAAAUAACUUAUUAAAAGAAAGACCAGAGUUAUUUACUCAAGGAGACACUGUACGUCCUGGAAUUCUUGUUCUGGUAAAUGAUUCUGAUUGGGAACUAUUGGGUGAACUUGAAUAUGAAAUCCAACCAAAUGACACAGUUCUUUUCAUUUCAACUUUACACGGUGGCUAACUACUUAAAUAUUAAAAUGCUGUAAACUGUAAAAUUGUGUAAUUAUAUAAUGGUUUUAUUAUUUAUUUUACGAUUUUUUUUAAUAAACGUUUAUAAAAUGAAAAA